GGUGCAGCUGCAGGGCGCAUGCUCCACCCCGAGCCUCGACUGUCAGAAGAACAGGAAGACGGACUCCUUUUUUUUUUCUUUCAGAAAUUCACUUCCCCGUUGUCACCCAGGGGUUAAAAAGUUGCCCAAAACUUUUAGCUGUCAUGGAAGCCACUUUUGGACACGCUGCUGAAUCUAGACACCGGUAGCGCCGACUCGUCGUCCUCGUUGUUGUCGCCGAAAAAAACCAAACAAACAGCUCGUGGAGGUGGACGGAGAGGCGGCUUUACCUAACUUAAUUACACUGUAGCCCGUACUAGCUAGCUUGGCUAAAGCUAACAUUAGCUCGGGUUUGUACCGCAUAAAUUCGGUGACUAAACACUCACCAUAUCAAAGCUGUGGAUUGUGUUGCUUGUAGGAAGUUGUAGGCUAAUGUCCAUAUAGUAUUCCUCGGACGCAACAGGUUGUUUUCGUACUUCUCGUCCUGAAGGACUUUUGGUUGUGCUUUGAAUUUCCCUCCUUSGGCGAGACGGACAGGCGGCUUUAGUGGCUUGUUUGGCUGUCUACCAAACCAUCAGCAAAACUGUGCUAAUUGUAGCUAACUAGCAUGCAUAGAUAGGCCCCGAGGAAGUCACUGUUUUUUUUUUUUUCGCAAGUUAAGCAACCGUCUAUUUUGUUGUCUACGAGGGGAUUUUGUCGGAUCAAUUUAUUAAAAAUGGAUCAAAACACGGGAAACUCUGCCUCAGGCGCUGGACUCAAGAAGGACAAGAAGUCGAAGAAGAGCAGCGAGGAUGGAGACAGCAAAAAGAAAUUUAAACUGAAACGACUGUUUCCUGAUGAGUUGGAACGCUUCACCAGCAUGAGAUCGAAAAAGGACAAAGAGAAAUCGAGCCAGAUUCCAAGUCAGCGAAAUUCUUCAGCUGCAAGCUAUGAGCUCAGCUCUCAGGGCGUCCUCCUGAUGCAGGAAUUUCCUGAUGAAUACAUCUUGGAACAGUUUGAACAGAUGUUGGUGGAUAUGAACCUGAAUGACGAGAAGCAGAAGCAGCCUCUAAGAGAAAAGGACAUUGGGAUCAAACGAGAGAUGUUGUCUCAGUAUCUCCACAGCACUAAAGCUAGCCAAAACCAGAAGGAGAGCUCCAAGUCAGCAUUCAUGUACAUCCAGGACCUAAAAUCAGACAACAGAGGUACACCACUGCUGAGCUGUCUCGAAUCCCUGAGAGUCUCACUCAACAACAACCCUGUCAGUUGGGUGCAGAAUUUUGGAAACGAGGGCCUGGCUUUGCUUCUAAGUUUGUUAAAGAGGCUACAGGAGGAGAAAGACGAAUACCCACCAAUGGGUGUAAAAUGUCAACAUGAGAUAAUUCGCUGUCUGAAAGCUUUCAUGAACAACAAGCAUGGUUUAAAAUCCAUGUUGGAGUCAGAUGAGGGAAUUCCUCUGCUGGUCAGAGCCAUCAACCCUGGGGUGCCCCACAUGAUGGUGGAUGCUGUGAAACUGCUCUCUGCCAUCUCCAUCUUGGAACAUCCUGAAAGCCUUCACGAGCGUGUUUUGGAGGCUCUUACAGAAGAGGCUGAGAGACGGGACAUUGAGAGGUUUCAGCCUCUUCUUGCUGGCAUGAACAGUCACAACAUUCCUCUUAAGGCUGGCUGCAUGCAGCUGAUCAACGCUUUAAUCAGCCGGGGUGAAGAGUUGGACUUUAGAAUCCAUAUUCGCUCUGAAUUGCUAAGACUUGGCCUUAGAGACAUGCUGAAGGAGGUACAGCAGAUAGAAAAUGAAGAACUGAAGGUGCAGCUCCUGGUGUUUCAUGAGCAGGCUGAGGAUGACUCAGAGGACCUCAAAGCUCGCCUUGAUGACAUCCGCAUCGAAAUGGAUGAUGUGAGGGAAGUGUUUGACAUCUUAGCAAACACCGUGAAAGACUCCAAAGCUGAAAACCACUUCAUGUCUGUGAUGCAGCACCUGCUACUGAUCCGUAACGAUUAUUUGGCCAGGCCCCAGUACUACAAGUUGAUUGACGAGUGCAUCGCUCAGAUUGUGCUGCACAAGAACGGGGCAGACCCUGACUUCAAGUGCCGUCACCUCGACAUCAACAUUGAAACCUUGAUCGACAACAUGGUGAAUCAGACCAAAGUGGAACUCAGUGAGACAAAAGCCGCUGAGCUGGAAAAAAAGCUGGAUGCAGAGCUGACGGCACGCCACGAGCUGCAGGUGGAGCUGAAGAAACUGGAGGGUGAUUAUGAACAGAAGCUGCUGGACCUGAGCCAGGAGAAGGAACAGCUGGCCACGUCUAAGCAGGAGCGAGAAAAGGAAAAUCAGGCACUACAGCAAGAUCUAAGCUCGUUGCAAAAGCAGAUUGAAAAGCUCUCAAAAGAUCUAGAAGAGGCCAAAACUAAAGUUGUGACAGUUACUGUUCCCGUGCCCACGCCUGGUUUGCCCCCUCCACCACCUGCCCCGCCCCUACCUGGCCAGAAUGCAGGGAUGCCCCCUCCACCUCCACCCCCUCCUCCAUUACCAGGUCACAGUGGUGUUCCUCCCCCUCCUCCUCCGCCUCCUUUACCUGGCAUGCCAGUGCCCCCACCGCCCCCGCCUCUUCCUGGCAUGAUGGGACCCCCACCGCCUCCACCCCUGCCGGGUAUGGGACCUCCUCCGCCUCCACCCCUACCGGGUAUGGGACCUCCUCCGCCACCACCCCCGCCCGGUGGUCCGGGUAUUCCUCCACCUCCCCCAGGCCCAGGCAUGCCCCCACCUCCACCAAUGGGCAGCUGGGGUGCCCCUGCACCACCUGCGCUACCUUUUGGGCUCCAGCCUAAAAAGGAAUACAAGCCUGAGGUCCAAAUGAAGAAGGCAAACUGGAGCAAGAUUGGAGCGGAGGAUCUCAAUGAGAACAGUUUCUGGGUCAAGGCUGAUGAGGAACAGUUUAAAAACAAUGAACUCUUUGCCAAACUCACCUUUACGUUUUCCUCUCAAACAAAGAGCAACAAAGCUAAAAAAGAGCCGGAAGGUGGGGAGGAUAAACAAGUGCAGAAGAAGAAGGUGAAGGAACUGAAGGUUCUUGAUGCCAAGUCUUCUCAGAACCUCUCCAUUUUCCUGGGGUCGUUUCGUCUCCCGUACGAACAGAUUAAAAACGCCAUCUUUCAAGUCGAUGAGAAGGUUCUCACAGAGUCCAUGGUUCAGAACCUGGUCAAACAGCUGCCAGCACCAGAUCAGCUGGCUAUUCUUGCAGAUAUGAAAGAUGAAUACGAUGAUCUGGCUGAGUCUGAACAGUUCGGAGUUGUGAUGUCCAGCGUGAAGCGACUGAUGCCACGGCUUCAGGCCAUCCUGUUCAAGCUGCAGUUUGAGGAGCAGCUGAACAACAUCAAGCCAGAUGUUGUGUCUGUGACAGCAGCCUGCGAGGAGCUCAGGGAAAGUCAGAACUUUGCCAAACUACUGCAGAUCAUCCUUCUUGUUGGGAACUAUAUGAACUCUGGCUCCAGGAAUGGAAUGGCAUUUGGCUUUUCCAUAUCAUACCUGUGCAAGCUGCGUGACACCAAAUCAGCYGACCUAAAGCAGACGCUGCUCCAUUUUCUUGCUGAUGUGUGCCAGGAGCAGCAUCCUGACGUCAUGAGUUUUGCUGAUGAUCUUAUUCAUGUGGAAAAGGCCAGCAGAGUUUCUGCAGAAACAAUUCAGAAGAAUCUUGAACUGAUGGGCCGUCAAAUCAAGAACCUGGAGAAAGAUCUGGAAACCUUCCCUCCUCCACAAAAUGAAAAUGACCACUUUGUGGAAAAAAUGUCUAGUUUUGUCAGUCUUGCAAAGGAACAGUACGAGAAGCUGGACUUGAUGCAUAAACAUAUGGAGAAACAAUACACCGAUCUGGGAGAAUAUUUUGUCUUUGACCCCAAGAAGAUCUCAGUGGAGGAGUUCUUUGGAGACCUGAAUAACUUUAAAAACAUGUUCAAGCAAGCGGUACAAGAGAAUCAAAAGAGAAAGGAAGCUGAAGAGAAGAUCAAGAGGGCCAAGCUGGCAAGAGAAAAAGCAGAAAAGGAGAAAGAGGAGAAACAGAAAAGGAGCCAAUUUCCUGACAUCACUGGAGAUGGUGAUGAGACUGGUAUCAUGGAUGGCCUGUUGGAGGCGCUGCARUCCGGUGCUGCUUUCAAAAGAAAGAGAGGACCCCGACAAGCAGCUAACCACCGACGAGCCGGUCAAGCCGUGACCAACAUCCUGGCCAAAGAGCUGAUGCAGGAAGACGCGCCUUCGUCCAGUAAGAUCCCCGCAAAAAAGGCAAAGUCUCAAAAGGAGGAGCCCACACUGGAAGGAGCAGAAUCUUUAGAGGAGCUGCUGGAUAUUGCUGCCUCUCGCUCCAACUAGGCUUUCAUUCACACAUUCAGUGAUUCAGGAGCCAACAUCUAUUUGACAUUUAAUUAAAAAAACAUUUUUAGGGGGCCUUUUUUUUUUCUUGAGUUGGUGAAAAGCAGAACUUGAUCCCCAGCCUUCACCCCUAAAAUGUUUACCAACAUCAGAAAGAUUUAUCUUACUUGCACCAACAUGUUGAAAUGUUUUGUUCUUCGUCACAUAUCACCUGUCAUUUUUCACAGGAAAUCUUAAACAUUGAAAGACUUCCUCAGAAAGAGUACACCCCCCCCACCCCCCAUUACUAAAAGUUACCCAGGGAACGUUGGACACAUUCCACAUGUAGUUCAGAUUGCUUUCUGGACGUUCCACCCAUGUCCAUUUAGUUCUUCAUGAUUAAAUCUUUUAAUUGAUUAUUGCUUUGUAAUUAUUUGAGAUACUGUAUAUCACUGUGAUCUUUUUAUUUUAUUUUUUGCUGUAAUAGGAAAGAGAAAAGUGCCAAGUGAUAGAUGAUCAGCCUUAUCAUUUCACUUAAAGGUGUCCAGGUGUAGUUGAUGCUGGUUACAGGUUUGGGUUUUCUGAACAGCACUCAUCAUCUGGGUUGUAGGGGUGUGCAUGCAUCAGUUUAAUUUUAUUUUAUUUUUUAUUAGUUUUGGCGGAGGCUUUACAUGAACUUGUUGAAGUUGUGUUAGCGCUCCUCUGCAUUUAUAUCUGGAAAACAGGCUUUCAUUCCUGAACAUAAUUCUUGCAAUAAGCUCUUCCUGAAAGUAGAGUUGGAUAGAAACCAAAAGAAUUUUGCUUUGCUGCAAACAUGUAGUCUGAGUAGUUUACAUGCCUGUGUUUUUUGUGUGAGAGCUGCCUAUUUUUAGUUUUGGGUGCACAAAGUACGUGUCUCUUUGUGUGUGUGUAUGGGUUGCCCUCUGUAAUUACUGUACCAGCCAGGCUGUCAGAAAUUAUACUUUUUUUUGCUAAGAAUCUUGCUCACUGGAAAACGGCCCAGAAACUGCUGAGACAAGUGUGUGUGUGUGUGUGUGUGUGUGUGUGUGUGUGUGCGCGCGCGCGCACACCCACAAUUCCUCCCACUGAACUACAGAGAUCGUCUGAAUGUCUGGCCUCACUUCUGUUUGUAUUCAGCAGCCAUCAGCAUACAUGUUGCCAUGAUGCUGUGGUGUAAAACCUGACAGGAAGCCUCAGAGGUGAUGUCACGUUCCUACAAUGCAAACCCAGCCCGACUCCGACGCCCAGCCUGACUCAGGACGUGGAUUUUAGCUCCAACCCAUCAGUGCUGCUUAUGCGAUUGAAUGUCAUAACAGCACUGAUCUUUCCUCUCCUAUAAAUAUAUCUUUUUUUUUCUCUGAAAAAGUGGCACUCGAGCUCCUUAAUACAAAAUUCAUUGCAGCACAUGUAUAGAAAUCUUUGCUCACAUCAUGUGGUUUUUUUUUUUGUUUUGUUUUUUUAAUGCUAGGAACACUGAUAUUGUUGAAAGAUUUACCGGUUAAACUGCUGCGCCUGCACAAAAUCACAUCGUCACUGUAUUUAAACAGAAAAUAGCUAUUUUGUUGCUUUUUCAGGUAAAACUGCACCAGGUGAUUGUUUCAACCAAUGCUGGAAGUUUGAUGAUGAUAAUUAUUGAAACAUCACUGGAAUUUUUUUUUCCUAUCGGUUUGAGUCAUUCCUUUCUUCCAGUAAUCUUUUUUUCUUUUUUAUAUAUAUAAAUUGUGUUCUAUAUGACUUUUUUGAUUAUUUUUAUUGUAUUUUUCUUCAGAUUGCUUUUUGCAGACAGAUUAAUGCACAAAUAUGUUGUUUGUUACACUGAACUAUUAAAAUGUCUUUAAGUAAU